CUUUGACCGACAAGUCCAUCGCGCAUCCCAUCCUAUCGACCCCCCGACAGGAAGCUCCCACUUGUCGCCCAGCUUACCCCACGACCAACCGGCCACUCUGACCAGGAUCACCUCGACCUUCAUCACCCUCAGGCUCACGCAUUGUCACAACCAUGGUGGAUGUAGACUCGAACUCUCCCACGUGGAAGUUCACCCAGUGCUUUGGUGACAAGGGAGAUGUUGAAGACAUUACAGAAGCCGAUAUCAUCUCGACUGUAGAGUUCGACCAUACUGGCAACUACCUUGCCACGGGAGACAAAGGCGGGCGGGUCGUAUUAUUCGAGAGGAACGAGACGAAAAAAACUUGCGAAUAUAAAUUUCAUACCGAGUUUCAAUCGCACGAGCCCGAGUUCGAUUAUCUCAAGUCUCUGGAGAUCGAGGAGAAGAUUAACAAGAUCAAAUGGUGCCGCCGGCAGAACGCCUCACAUUAUCUUUUAUCCACGAACGACAAGACAAUCAAGCUAUGGAAGGUCUUUGAAAAGUCGCUGAAGGUCGUGGCCGAGAACAACCUAUCCCAUGACCUGACGCCCGGAAAUGCGCUCAACGUAGGCGGAGGCGCUCCUAGAGUAAGCCCAACAGCAGCACACUUCAAGUCUGCUGGCGACCUCAAACUGCCUCGUUUGACACAUCACGACACCGUCGUUGCAGCCGUCCCACGACGCACCUACGCCAACGCUCACGCUUACCACAUCAACAGUAUUUCCGUCAACAGCGACGGCGAAACCUUCAUCAGCAGCGAUGACCUUAGGAUCAACCUGUGGAACCUCAACAUUCAGGACCAGAGCUUCAACAUUGUAGACAUCAAGCCGGCCAACAUGGAGGAGUUGACCGAGGUCAUCACUGCCGCAGAGUUUCACCCCAUGAGCUGCAACUGGUUCAUGUACGCAAGCUCCAAGGGUACCAUCAAACUAGCAGAUAUGCGCGAAAGCGCUCUCUGUGACCAGCAUGCCAAGCUUUUCGAGCAAGAAGAAGAUCCGUCCUCCAGGUCUUUCUUCUCAGAGAUAAUCUCAUCCAUCUCCGACGUCCGCUUCUCCCAUGACGGUCGGUAUAUCCUGUCGCGAGACUACCUGACGGUCAAAAUCUGGGAUGUGAACAUGGAGCGCCAACCUGUCAAAACCAUUCCUAUCCACGAGCAUCUUAGACCGAGGCUAUGCGAUACAUAUGAGAACGACAGUAUCUUUGACAAGUUCGAGGUCGUCUUCUCCGGAGAUGCCAAGAACGUCAUGACGGGCAGUUACAACAACAACUUCAUGAUAUACCCCUCAGAUCCCGACAAGGAGAUGGAGGUUGUACUGCAAGCCGACAAGUCCGCAUUCAAGGCCAAGAAGGUUGGCGUGGCUACGCCGAUUAAUGCCUCGGGCAGCCCCUCGACCAACGGCGGUAAGAAGGGAGGAUCUCGUGCUGCAAGUCCCGCUGGUGCUGGCCAAGGGCAACGGAUGCGCAAGGAGACGGACGCCGACCAGAUUGACUUCAACAAGAAGAUACUCCACAUGAGCUGGCACCCCUUCGAGGACAGCAUUGCCAUCGCCGCGACAAACAAUCUCUUCGUUUUCUCGGCGCUAUAACGGCACCGCUGCCACCGCGUUGGCCUCUCAUCCGGCAUGCCUUAUUCCAGUUACCAUAGCACGUAAACGAUGAGAAGGGAAUGCAGUGAGGUCGACUCUUCCCGACCUACUGCCAUUGAGUUCGCUACGGUAAGGGAAACCAACUCUUUGGCAUGAAACUGGAAGCAAACAGGCAGUGGGCUCAACCUGUGAUGUGUUCUGUUCCGCACUGCUCAGGGCAGGAUUAUGGAUGACGGCGAGUAGUAUGCCGCCUGUGUUUCAUGCCAUCACAUGUGCAUAGGGAGGAUGGAUUUAAGUUCUUUAUGAGAUGCAUGAAGCGGCGGCAUGGUGCAAACGACUCGGGAGCUUCAAACACAGGUUUUCCUCACCAC